GAAGAGUAAAGAAGUAAGAAACGAAGUCGUUUUGAAGUCAUCUCUUCAGAUAUGUUUGUUCUAAUUAAAAUUUCCCAAGUGGGAAUUAGUUUGUAAUUGAAGGUAUGCACGAUUUUUAGUUACAAUUUUAAUUCUUCUUCUUCAGAUCCAAGAACUCUCAGUCUCUGCGUUCACACUCUUUCUUUGAAUCCUUCAUCAUCCUAAUUCAUCUCCAAGAACUGAAUCAGAAGUUGUAUUUCGCUAAUUCAACUUUUCCAGUGUCUGUCAAUUAGGUUUUGAUUUUGGAAGUAGAGAAGUUAGAAGAAGAAUGGUGAGAACGCCGCGAAGAGGGCAGAGAUCAAAGGGAAUUAAAGUGAAGCAUUGUAUUCAGUUGACUCUAUUGCUUGGUGUUGGGAUAUGGCUGAUUUAUCAAAUGAAGCAUUCACAUGAGAAGAAAGCUGAGUUUGAAGGGACUUCAAAGAUUGUUGUUGAUGAUAUUGAUAAUACAGUUGUUAAUCUUGGAAGGAAAGAUCUUAGACCGCGUAUUGAGGAGACGAAAGAUGUGAAGGACGAAGUGGAAGAUGAAGAAGGGAGCAAGAAUGAAGGAGGAGGAGACGUAAGUACUGAUAAGGAGAAUGGUGAUGAGAUUGUAGAGAGGGAGGAGGAGGAAAAGGCUGUAGAAGAGAAUAACGAGAAGGAAGCUGAAGGUACCGGGAAUGAAGAGGGAAACGAGGAUUCAAACAAUGGAGAAAGUGAGAAGGUUGUUGAUGAGAGUGAAGGUGGAAAUGAGAUAAGUAAUGAGGAAGCUAGGGAGAUCAAUUACAAGGGAGAUGAUGCGUCGAGUGAGGUUAUGCAUGGGACGGAGGAGAAGAGCAAUGAAAAGGUUGAAGUUGAGGGAGAAAGUAAAUCUAAUAGUACUGAAAAUGUCAGUGUCCAUGAAGAUGAGUCGGGUCCAAAGAAUGAAGUAUUGGAGGGUUCUGUUAUUAAAGAAGUUUCUUUGAACACAACUGAGAAUGGUAGUGAUGAUGGUGAGCAACAAGAGACAAAGAGUGAGUUGGAUUCAAAGACUGGUGAGAAGGGCUUUUCUGAUUCUAAUGGUGAAUUGCCUGAGACUAACCUGUCAACUUCCAAUGCAACUGAAACUACAGAAUCUUCUGGGAGUGAUGAGUCAGGAUCGAGCGGGAAAUCCACUGGUUAUCAACAAACGAAAAACGAAGAAGAUGAGAAGGAAAAGGUACAAUCAUCUGAAGAGGAAAGCAAAGUCAAAGAAUCCGGGAAAAAUGAGAAGGACGCGUCCUCGUCCCAAGACGAAAGUAAAGAGGAAAAACCCGAGAGAAAGAAGAAAGAAGAGUCUUCGUCCCAAGGGGAAGGUAAAGAAGAAGAACCCGAGAAAAGGGAGAAAGAAGACUCUUCAUCCCAAGAGGAAAGUAAAGAGGAAGAACCUGAGAACAAAGAGAAAGAAGCGUCUUCCUCUCAGGAGGAGAAUGAGAUUAAAGAAACUGAGAUAAAGGAGAAAGAAGAGUCUUCGUCCCAAGAGGGGAAUGAGAACAAAGAAACAGAAAAAAAGUCUUCCGAAUCUCAGAGAAAGGAAAACACCAACAGUGAGAAGAAAAUUGAACAGGUGGAAUCUACUGAUUCUUCAAACACACAGAAGGGUGACGAACAGAAAACUGAUGAAAGCAAGAGAGAAUCCGGCAAUGAUACUUCAAAUAAGGAAACAGAGGAUGAUAGUUCAAAAACAGAGUCAGAGAAGAAAGAGGAAAAUAACAGAAAUGGUGAAACAGAGGAGACCCAAAACGAACAAGAACAGACCAAGUCCGCUUUGGAAAUUAGUCACACUCAAGAUGUUAAGGAUGCUCGAACUGAUCUAGAAACUCUUCCUGAAACCAGCAAUGGAUUGAUCAGCGACAAAGUUGCUGCUGAGUGAUACUUGUUAAAUGUGUGAAGCUGUCAUGUAUUGUAUGCAUAUUCUAUACUUCUCACCAAAUGACGGGACUUAAGUCCCAAUCAAAGUAGUAUUGAGUUUUUAAUCGUAAUCAGUACAUGUGUAUGUAUACUUUUAUAUCUAAUUCUCUCUGAGUCUCUAAUAAUGAAGAAGUUUUUUUUUUUUUUUU